CUUCAUUCUAGUGAUAACAGAUUUCACCCUGCUUUCAACAUUCUCACAUCUGUCAACUCAAUCCAAAUGUCUACUCCAGUUCAAUCUUCAUUGGCCGACCUCAAGGCAUCCACUGCUCAACUUGUGGGCGUCAUUGCCAGCGCUCGGCACGUCCCGGCCGGCUCAGUGCACGUCCACAUUGCUCUGGCAAGGCAGGUCACCAAUCGGUUGGCUGACAUCAUCCGGGUGCAUGAGAAAGGGGAUUACAUCCCUGGCAUUGUGUUGCCCAACUGGCACAGCAUUGGCCAUGAUGAUCCCCGGGUGGCUAGACACACCUGGCGCAAGCAGGUCUGUGCCUGGGAGGCGUUGGGUGACAAUUCCUGUGAUCUCCCUGUUGUUCCUAAUCCUUCCACUGGCCCACUGACUGUCAAUCUUCCGUCUCCACCUGUCCCUUCCCCCGCCACUGUCAUUCACUCCCCUCCCGUCGUCACCGGCAAUGUCGCCAGACCUUCUGGCAAGACGACCUCCGAGUUCCGGGACAAAGGAAAAGGUAAGGCCAUUUCUGUUGACUUGGAGCCGGAAGUCGGAGGGAGCAACAAGAGGAAGUCCCCCAUGAUUUCUGGACACUCCUCCCAACCUCUGAAGUCGGCGAUGAAGGGUCACAAGUGUGUCAAGUCAACUGGACUCCCCAAGUCAAAGCCGUUUGUGGAGUCAGAAGAUGAUGAAGACCCAAUUGUUCAGCCGAUUUCGCGUGGAGUGCCGGAGGUCGUCCUUCCCCAGCUCUCCACCAUUGUUGUAAGGAAGCCCCAGUUGCCUCGUUCACCUGGUUCCCCCAAGAAGCAAUCAUUUGGGCCUGCUUCGCUGACUGCCGGCAAGCGUCCGGAGGUCAUGGAAUCUCCCAUCAGUCGUCCGGAGGCUCGGACAACCUCCGGCAGUCGUCCGGAAGUUGAGGAGUCCUCUGGUGAUACUUCCAGCGCUUCAGACGGUGACCCUCUGGCCACUACCACAUUUGAUAUCACCAUUCCCGGCCCAAACAACCCCUGCCAUUAUUGCGUCAAGGAGAAUUGGCCCUGUGCGACUCGUUUGGACAAGAGGUCCAGCCUCCCCUGCUUGUCUUGCAUCCGCUGCUCCACCAAGAUGAUUAAAUGCAACCCGGCAUCUCUGGGAUCCCCGCCCAAACGGACCCGAGGGAAGUCUACCACGGGCCGGACGCGUUCCAAGACACCUGCCCCUGCUCCAUCCACUGCUCCGUCUCCCUCCCGGUCAAGGGCCCGGACUCGUAGUCAAUCUCGUGGCCCGUCCCGAACUCCGGCCAUCCCUGCUGCAAGUACACCCCAGGUGCAGUCACGUGGUCGCAGCAAGACCAUCACUACCAAGAAGACACCUGCACCUGCACCUGCACCUGCACCUGCGCCAGCUCCUGUUCGGUCUUCGAGUUCUGCAGUGCCUUGUGCAGCACUCGAUGUUCCCAUGCCGGAUCUCCAUUCCAUGGCAAUCGCGAUUCGGGAUGGUGCAGCUCACAUCGCUAUUCUUGAGGCUCGGGUGCAGGAGCAGGAUGCUAAGAUUGAUACCCUGCAAUGCCUCCAUGAGAGCCUCCGGCGCACAAUGGUCGACCGGCACCCUUCAUUUUCACUUCCGGACACACCGGCCGAUGCAACAAUCUUGCUUGAUCAAUCCGUGAUAGAACCCACAUCCUUGACGCUUGAGGAUGGAUCUGCUAUGGUAGGUCUCAUGGUUGAGCCCACCCAAGUUCAGCCUGAGGGUCCACAAUCCUCUGGCGAAAUUGUGCUCCCGGAUGAACCAGGCAACCUCUUGCCAGAAUCCUCCGGCGAUAUUGUGGUCCCUAAUGAACCAGGUAACCUCCUGCCAGAAUAUGAUUCCUCUGAUGAGGAUAUGGAUGUUGAGGGGAAGGUUGAUCUUCCUGGUGAGGAGGUUGCAAUGGCUACAUAAUUGCUCAGUGAUAGAUGUACAUAAAUCUUUUUCAAUGCAUGUUACCUAUGCCACAAUUGAAUGAUUCAAUAAUCAGUCC